UCCCACAGUGUCCAGUUCCAAAAUUACAGUUAGUUGUACAGUUAAUUAUAAUUCCCAAGUUUUAGGGUUCUUAUUUCAGAGUUCUGGUCCACCUUAAAUUCUGAUUCCUCUAAAGUGAAGAGGAAGAGAAGUGGGAGACAUCUUGAUCACUUCACUUUCUUUAUUCUUCCCUCCAAUGAGUGCCCUCUUGAGGGACCUGAAAGAAAAAGUUUGGGGAUGGAUCCUCUGGGAGAAAAGCUAUCGAUGAGCUCCAUGGGAGUUGAAUAGGACUUGAUGGCACUUAAGGAAGCGCGGAAUCAAUGAGAACAUCUUCAAACGUCUUAGGGUAAAACGAGCAUGUUCUUCAGCCUUUCAUCGCUAGAUGGCGCUCAACAGAAAAGCAAUAUUCGCGCCUAGAAAGCAGAUGCUGUAUAACUGCAGGAAGGGAGAGAGGCUUAACUUGAUCGAAUUGAAACGGUAGAGUAUUAGUUUGCUAGAGAGGAUCGCCAACGUCCGACGACGGUGAUGGCACCAGAAGAAGAAGAAGAGAGGAUGUGGAGCAGAGGCGAAAAUCAGAGAUACUUCCUCUUCCGGCUCAGCCACCGGAGGAUAAUGGCGUCGGCGGAGCCUCUUGUGUCGCCUGGAGGGUCGAAGCGGCUCCUGGGAGGCAAAGAAGAUGCUAAGAAGAGGUCUGUGAAUAACAGAGAAUGAGAAGCAGAGUUAAAACAAAAAAAAUCAACAUUUUUUCCAACGUUUACUUUCCCGCAGAAAGUAUAAAAACUCUUUUCUUUCUUCAGAAGAUAAGAAACAAGGGAAAGAGUAACAAGAAUUAAAUUUUGCGCUGGAAACAAUAGUAUGUGGGACACAAGGAAAGAUCACAUGUAAAGUCAAAGGGGAUAAUUUCCAAAUUCAGAAAAAGUAGAAAUCACUGGAAGUCAUACGGAAGGAAAACUUCCCUUGGAAAGCCAAAAUGGGACGGCAUUAAUGAAAGUUUUUGUGGAAGGAAAGAAUGGCUUAAACCGAAGUACCUGCAGAUAAGAAAUUUUUUUGGCCGCCUCAAGUAUGCAAGAAUAUCGGUGUUAGAAAAACACACAUAGGGCCUAUUGUGGAAAAAACAACAGAUUACAGAUCACAGAUAAUAAUGCAAGAGGGGAUCCAUAUCAAUGAAAAUCCAUACAAAUGCUUCUAGUGCAACAAACAUUUUACUCACAACAUCUCUGGAUGGAAAGUAGGCCUACAAGUGCUCGCAAUGUGGCAAAAGCUUUAUACGCCAGUUCACCCUGGUGAGACAUAAGAGGAUUCCCACUUGGGGGAAACCCUUUGAAUGUCCUGAUUAUGGGAAAAAAUUCACUUGGACCUCCCACCUGGAGAUACACCAUAGGACGCACACUAGAGAGAUUCCGUAUAGGUGUCCUGAUUGUGGGAAAAUUUAUACUUGGAAGUCUGAUCUGAUGAAGCAUCAAAGAACUCACAUGGGAGAGAAACCAUAUGAGUGUCUGUAUUGUGGGAAAUGCUUCACUCAGAAAGCCAACCUAGUAAAACACCAGAGGACUCACAUGGGAGAGAAACCAUAUGAGUGUCUAUACUGUGGGAAAAGUUUCACUCAGAAUGCCAGCCUGUUGAUACACCAGAGGACUCACACCGGAGAUAAACCAUAUGAGUGUCAGGAUUGUGGGAAAAGUUUCACUCAGAAGUACAACCUUGUGAUACACCAGAGGAUUCACACAGGAGAGAAACCGUAUGAGUGCCUGGAUUGUGGGAAAAGUUUUAGUCGAAAAUCCCAACUGGUGGAACACCAGAGAACUCACACAGGAGAGAAACCAUAUAAGUGUACAGAUUGUGGAAAAGGUUUCUUUUGGAAUUCUAAGCUGGUAUUACAUCAGAGAACUCACACAGGUAGCAAACCAUAUGCGUGUCUGGAUUGUGGUAAAAGUUUCAAUUGGAAUUCCGCCCUGGUGAAACACCAGAGGACUCACACAGGAGAAAAACCAUAUGAAUGUCUAGAGUGUGGAAAAAGUUUCACUCAGAAUUACAACUUGCUUAUACACCAGAGGACUCACUCGGGAGAGAAACCAUAUGAAUGUCCUGAUUGUGGGAAAAGUUUCAGUAAGAAUUUCAAUCUGGUGAUGCACCAGAGCACUCACACAGGAGAGAAACCAUAUGAGUGCAUGAACUGUGGAAAACAUUUCAAUCGAAAUUCCCAACUGGUGGAACACCAAAGAACUCACACAGGGGAGACACCAUAUAAGUGUCCGGAUUGUGGGAAGAGUUUCAAGCAGAAUUCCUACCUUCUCAUACACCGGAAGACUCAUACAGGAGAGAAACCAUAUAAGUGUCCUGAUUGUGGGAAAGGUUUCUGUCUGAAUUCUCACCUGGUGCUACACCAGAGAACUCAUACAGGAGAGAAACCAUAUAAGUGUCCUGAUUGUGGGAAAGGUUUCUGUCUGAAUUCUCACCUGGUGCUACACCAGAGAACUCACACAGGCAGCAAACCAUAUGAGUGUCUGGACUGUGGGAAAUGUUUCACUCAGAGUUCCAAACUUGUGAUACACCAGAGGACUCACACAGGCGAGAAACCAUAUGAAUGUCAGGAUUGUGGAAAAAAUUUCACUCAAAAUUCCCACCUGGUGAAACACCAGAGGAUUCACACAAGAGAGAAACCGUAUGAGUGCCUGGAUUGUGGGAAAAGUUUCAGUCGAAAUUCCCACCUGAUGGGACACCAGAAAACUCACACAGGAGAGUAACCAUAUAAACGUCCUGAUUGUGGGAAAAGUUUCAGUAAGAAUUUCAGUCUGGUGAUACACCAGAGCACUCACACAGGGGAGAAACCAUAUGAGUGUCUGGAGUGUGGUAAAAAAUUCAUUCAGAAUUCGAAGCUUGUGAUACACCAGAGAACUCACACAGGAGAGAAACCAUAUAAGUGUCCUGAUUGUGGGAAAGGUUUCUGUCAGAAUUCUCACUUGAAAGCAAAUUUAGUGAAACACCAGAGGACUCACACAGGAGAGAAACCAUAUGAGUGUCUGGAUUGUGGGAAACUUUUCACUCAGAAAGCAAACCUAGUGAAACACCAGAGGACUCACAUGGGAGAGAAACCAUAUGAGUGUCUGGAUUGUGGGAAAAGUUUCACUCAGAAUGCCAGCCUGGUGAUACACCAGAGGACUCACACUGGAGAGAAACCGUAUGAGUGUCCAGAUUGUGGGAAAAGUUUUACUCAGAAUUCUAACCUUGUGAUACACCAGAGGAUUCACACAGGAGAGAAACCGUAUGAGUGCCUGUAUUGUGGGAAAAGUUUCAGUCGAAAUUCCCACCUGGUGGGACACCAGAGCACUCACUUAGGAGAGAAACCGUAUGAGUGCCUGGAUUGUGGGAAAAGUUUUAGUCGAAAUUCCCAACUGGUGGAACACCAGAGAACUCACACAGGAGAGAAACGAUAUAAGUGUCUUGAUUGUGGGAAAGGUUUCUUUUGGAAUUCUAAACUGGUAGUACACCAGAGAACUCACACAGGUAACAAACCAUAUGCAUGUCUGGACUGUGGUAAAAGUUUCAGUUGGAAUUCGAACCUAAUGAAACACCAGAGGACCCACACAGGAGAAAAGCCAUAUGAAUGUCUGAAUUGUGGCAAAUGUUUCAGUCACAAUUCCUCCCUGUUGAAACACCAGAGAACUCACAUGAGAGAGAAAUCCUAUGAGUGUUCAGAUUGUGAGAAAGUUUCGAGUUGCAAUUCCCAUCUGAUGGUACAAGAGAGCAUUCUCACAGGAGUAAAAACAUAUGAGGGCCUGGAUUGCGGGGAAAAUUUCAGUUGUAAUUCUGACCUGGUGAAACAUCAGAAGGCUCACACGAGAGAGAAAUCAUAUGUAUGUCUGGAUUGUGGCAAAAGUUUCAGUCAGAAUUGCUAUCUGGUUAUACACAAGAGGACUCACACGGGAGAGAAACCACAUAAGUGUCCAGAUUGUAGGAAAAGUUUCAAUUGGAAUUCUGAACUUGUGGUACACCAGAGGAUUCACACAGGAGAGAAACCAUAUAAGUGUCCUGAUUGCGGGAAAGGUUUCAAUCGAAAUUCUAACCUGGUGGUACAUCAGAGAACUCACACGGGGGACAAACAGUACCAGUGCCCAGAUUGUUGUAAAAGUUUCGCUCAGAAUUCCUACUUGGUGAAACACCAGAGAAUUCACACAGGAGAAAAACGACAUGAGUGCCUCUGUUGUGGGAAAAGUUUUAUUCAGAAUUCUGACUUAGAGGUACAUCAGAGGACUCACACAGGAGAAAAAAAACAUCAGUGUCCAUUUUGCUGGAAAAGUUUCCUUCGUAAGUCCGGGUUGAUGAUACACCAGAGGAAUCACACUGGAGAAAAACCAUAUGCGUGUCCUGAAUGUGGGAAAUGUUUCAUAAGGAAUUCCAGUUUGGUGAUACAUCAGAGGACUCACACAGGAGAGAAACCGUAUGAGUGUCCAGUUUGUGGGAAAGAUUUUGGGACUAGAUCUAGCCUUAUAAAUCAUGUAAGGUUACACACAGGGGAGAAACCAUUCAAGUGCCCAGAUUGUGGAAAGUGUUUCACCCAGAAUUCAAAUUUUUUCAUACACAAAAAAUCACACUGCCAAAAUUUGAUGCAUUAAUUUCUUGCUUGAUUCUUUGUUGUCAAAUGUGUCAUAGUAUCAAAAUAUGAGGGAGGUGAUGUGAGUUUCCUUUCUCUGGCCCAGUGCUGUAGUUUCCUUUCAUGGAGUCAAGGGGAACUGCUGGGCAGAGAAAGUAAGAUUUGAUCUGUAUUAGGUGUAUUUACAACCUUGAGGUAUUUGUACAUAUCAUAAAGGGGGAUAUAAACAUGUAUACUAUAUUAUGUGUGUAUCUAUGUAAAAAAAUACAUCACAGCCCAACUCCUAUUGACUUUGGGCAGCUUGCAUCAAUAAAAACCUAAUACAGAAAUCAAUAAACUCCACAAAUUGCUAAUGGUAAAAUGCAAAGCCGCCACAUCUAACAUGUACUUGCCCUUCAAGUACAGGUAAUGCUUCCAUCACUUUCAUAUGUUAUGAAAGUAAUGGAACCUGCCCAUUCCAUUUGUAACUCAAUUCGUAGGAGUGAAUCUCAUUCCUUGAGUGAGAUCACACCCUGCUUUCGCCCAGGCAUUGGCUAAUUGAAUACUCUGUUCAGGGCACAUGAGGUAUCUCAGGGUGGAGAAGGUGACUGGGACGGGAGGCUAAUGAUGGAACAAGCCCCCAAGCCAGAGGUGGCAUUCAGCAGGUUCUGACCAUUUCUGGUGAACCGGUAGCAGAAAUUUUGAGUA